CAAAACUCCCUCCCAACAACAACGGCAGAAAGAUAAACAUCACACAAAAAGAUUUUGCAAAAACAACGUAAACACAAAGAAUAUCAGGCCUGUUAACAAUGUCGGCAAUGCAUUUCACAAGAACAGGAAUCUUCAACAUAUCUAAAGCAAAUAUCCCUCGUUUAACGUCUCUUUCUUUUACUCACAAAGCCUCGAGGGUUUGCUUCACUUCUGCCUCCAAACAUUCUCAGGGAAAACAUGCAAGUGAAGAAACCAACAAUGGGUAUAACGCAGAUGAAACAGUCGGCUACUAUGGCGGCAAGUCAUCGGAUAUGGGACGAGAUCCAAAAGACAAAAUGAAAGAAGGUAAAGAGAGAAUGAAAGAAGGUGCCGGAGAAAUGAAAGAUGAAUCCAUGGAUACUAUGAAAGGAAAGGCUACAGAAAUGAAAGACAAAGCAAACGACAUGGCAGGAAAAGCAGCAGACAGAGCAGGUGACAUGAAAGAGAAGGCGAAAGAAAAGAGUUACGAAAUGAAAGAAAGUGCUAAAGAGACUGCAAACAAGGCAGCAGAUAAAGCUGGAGAAGGGAAGAACAAAGCUGCAGAGAUGGCGAAGGCUGCAAAGGACAAGACUAUGGAUGCUGCCGGAGCUGUGGCUGAGAAGACAAAGCAGACGGUGGCAGGAGCAUGGGAUGCAGCCAAAGAUACGACGCAGAAGAUCAAGGAGACUGUUGUUGGGACAUCAUCUGAUGAUGAUGAUGAUUGGGGGGACGAUCGUACAGGGAAAGGGAAAGGGAAAGUGAUGGGUGAAGAUGCUGUGAAUCUAAGGAGGAAAGUUGGUAAUCUUGAUCAUGAAAAGAAGGAUUAUUAA